GGAAAGAACAGCGCUUUCAGCUGCGACAAACUUAGCGACCUUAGGCAGCUUAUAAGGUAGGCGCUGGCGCUGGUCACCGGCCCCGGGCUGCCGGUCCCACUCCAUCUCUCACUCGACGCCACUGCCACCUCGAUUACUCAGAUACUCUCUAUCGUCGCAUCUUCUCACCACACCUCCCUCGGCGCUGCCCUCACCCCUCCGCGAAGCUGGCCUUCCAGAUCCGCUGAUAUCACCUGAAGUCUACAUCUUUGUUCCUCUGCACUCUUCCCUACUUUCCGUAGGAUCAUAGCGAUGUUAAUAUGACACUCUGAAUAUCUCCGGUCCUCCAUAUUCCUUUGCGACAAUCUCCGAUACCUCACGCCAACCUACUUGGACCGCCAUCACUCACAAUGUCGGGUUCCUCCCAACCCGCGUCUCUUUUGGAUGCCGAUCGAGCCCUUCCCACACCCCGAAUUCCGACACUGGCGAUGACCGCGACAGCAAUGACAACAACAACGUUGAAAGUAGAGGGCAUGACUUGCGGAGCUUGCACCUCUGCAAUCGAGAGCGCCUUUGAAGGCAUUGAAGGAGUAGGAACGGUGAGCGUGAGCUUAGUAAUGGAAAGAGCUGUUAUCGUCCACGAUUCUGCGAAGCUGUCCCCCGAUCAAGCAAAGGAAAUGAUUGAGGACCGCGGAUUUGAUGCCGAAGUACUGUCGUCCGACCUUCCGACUGCGCGAGCCGUCGACAACAUCAUUGAAGAAGCCAACAUAUCCCUGAUGACCACCACUGUCGCAAUCAGCGGUAUGACGUGCGGUGCAUGUACGUCGGCUGUGGAAGGAAGUUUCAAGAAUGUCGCAGGCAUCAAAUCAUUCAGUAUUUCUCUGCUUUCCGAACGAGCAAUUAUUGAGCACGACCCUAGCAUAAUAGCACCAGAGCAAAUUGUAGAGGUCAUCGAUGACACUGGAUUUGACGCAACCAUCAUGGAAUCGCAAGCAUCACAGCUUCAUAAAAUCGACACCCGGAAAACAAAGAUUCUAACCACGACCGUCGGCAUAGAAGGUAUGACAUGCGGUGCAUGCACGAAAGCAGUCACGGACGGAUUUGAUGGGGUAGAUGGCAUCCUACAAUUCAAUAUUAGCCUCUUGGCAGAAAGAGCUAUCGUGGUUCACGAUCCUAGUAAGAUCACUGAAGACCGAAUAGCCGAGAUAAUAGAUGAUUGUGGCUUCGAUGCGAAGAUCAUAUCGUCUUUCGAAGGCGGAUCUCAGAGCUCAAAAAGUUCGUCUUCAGUGUCUCUCAAAAUCUAUGGCAUGUCGAAAGCGGAGCAUGCAUCCGAUCUUGGGGAUAAAAUCUCAGCUGUGACUGGAAUCACGUCCGUAUCGAUCAAUCUCAGGACCACCCGUGCUGUCAUAAACUAUAAACCCACAAUAGUUGGUCUUCGAACAAUCGUAGAUACUAUCGAAGCAGCAGGAUUCAAUGCACUGAUGGCCGACGCUGACGAUAACAACGCCCAACUCGAGUCACUCGCGAAAACAAAAGAGAUCCAGGAAUGGCGUCGCGCUUUCAGAACAUCUCUGAUGUUUGCUGUCCCGGUACUCUUGACGAGCAUGAUACUGCCCAUGUGCAUACCGGUCUUGGACUACGGCAGUUGGGAGAUCACCACUGGCCUGUGGUUCGGUGACCUUGUUUGCUUAGCUCUUACAGUCCCAGUCCAGUUUGGUAUUGGAAACCGGUUUUAUGUCUCCGCUUAUAAGUCUAUGAAGCAUGGCUCACCCACCAUGGACGUUCUUGUUGUAUUGGGCACAUCGGCCGCAUUCUUCUUCAGCCUUGCUGCGAUGAUCGUGUCCAUAGUGGUCCCACCUAACACCCGCCCAGCGACUGUAUUCGACACAAGUACAAUGCUUAUUACUUUUAUUACCCUAGGACGCUAUAUGGAGAACAGAGCUAAAGGCCAAACUUCGAAAGCUCUCUCUAGACUGAUGUCGCUGGCACCAUCGAUGACAACAAUUUACGCAGAUCCCAUUGCCGCAGCCAAGAUCGCGGAGGGAUGGGAAUUACCAGAGAAAUACUCAAAGCCCACAGAGGCUGCAUCUGGCUCCUCCGAUGAGAAAGUGAUCCCGACAGAACUUCUCGAAUUGGGGGAUAUCGUGAUUAUCAAGCCAGGCGACAAGGUUCCUGCCGAUGGUCUCGUCAUUCGUGGCGAGAGCUAUGUGGAUGAGAGCAUGGUGACUGGCGAAGCUAUGCCCAUCCAGAAGAAGAAAGGCAGUUUCCUCAUGGCUGGUACUAUUAACGGUGCUGGUAAGAUGGACUUUAGGGUCACUCGAGCAGGCCGUGACACUCAACUCAGCCAAAUCGUUCGUAUGGUGCAAGAAGCGCAAACUAGCCGUGCGCCGAUUCAGCGUAUCGCUGAUAAAGUCGCUGGAUACUUUGUGCCAAUAAUAAUCACCCUUGGUCUAUCUACAUUCCUUGUCUGGAUGGUGCUUAGCCAUGUCCUUCGAAGACCACCAAGGAUCUUCCUCGACGAUGAAAGCGGCGGCAAGGUCAUGGUUUGCGUUAAGCUUUGUAUCUCUGUCAUUGUUUUCGCCUGCCCAUGCGCACUUGGUCUGAGUACACCUACCGCAAUCAUGGUGGGCACUGGCGUCGGCGCAGAGAACGGCAUUUUAGUCAAAGGAGGAGCUGCAUUAGAAACCGCUACCAAAGUCAAUCAUGUUGUUCUAGAUAAAACUGGGACUCUGACUGUUGGUAAGAUGGCUGUAUCCAACUCAGACAUUCUUGGGCUAUGGAAGGAUGACACUCAGAAGCAGCGACUGUUCUGGACCUUAAUCGGGUUGGCUGAGAUGAAUAGCGAGCAUCCUAUUGCCAAAGCCAUUGUAAUUGCUGCGAAAGACUAUUUGAACAUUGGACCAGAGUCUGCUCUCGACGGUAGUGUUGGUGACUUUGAAGUUGUUCCAGGGGAAGGAAUCUCGGCCUUCGUUGAGGCCGCUAUCUCCCCCGAACGCAAACGUCACCGAGUCCUUGUUGGAAACGCGCCGUACCUCAAGUCUCAAGGCAUCAAACUCCCGGACGGUGCAGAUGAUGAAGAAGACCCUCGCACAACCCUCGACUCUAUUCGUUCUGUAGAGGACCGUAAUCCAUCCUCUAAAUCUGACGACCUGCGCUACGCUGGGACUACCACCAUAUACACCGCUAUCGCAAAUGAAUACACCGGCACAAUAUCUCUGGCAGAUUCGCUCAAGCCAGCCGCGAGAUCUACAAUUCUGGCCCUCGCCCGUCUCGGCAUCUCGUCGUCUAUCGUCACCGGCGACACACUUCCAUCUGCUCUCGUCGUGGCAUCCCAAGUGGGCAUCGCACCCCAAAAUGUUCACGCUUCUGCAACACCAGCUGACAAACAGCGUAUCAUAGCUGAGAUGGGCGAGAGCGGUCGCGUCGUUGCUAUGGUCGGUGACGGUAUCAAUGAUAGCCCAGCUCUCGCAUCGGCAGCUGUCGGGAUCGCUCUUGCUUCUGGCACAGACGUCGCCAUGGAAGCUGCAGGUAUUGUUCUCAUGAACGCAAAUGAUCUCCUGGCUAUACCAGCAUCUCUAUAUUUGUCUAGCAGCAUUUUCCGUCGCAUCAAAAUGAAUUUACUCUGGGCUUGCGGAUACAACAUUAUCGGUUUACCAUUCGCAAUGGGUUUCUUCCUACCCUGGGGUUAUCACCUUCAUCCAAUGGCAGCUGGUGCAGCCAUGGCUUGCAGUUCAGUGUCUGUCGUUGCAAGUAGUCUCGCGUUGAAGUGGUGGCGAAGGCCAAAGUGGAUGUCUGUAGAGCAAUUGGAUCCUGCAGCAGCAGAAUUGAUGGAUAGGGACAAUGCUGGUGAGAUUAGGCCAGAGCGCAAACUCAGCCUCUGGCAACGUGUUCGAGGGACAUGGUCGCGGAAGCAACGGGAAGAGGAAGGCUAUGUCCCUUUGCAGAAUAUGAGUGAAGUUUAGAUUUGUACAAUUAUGCUCAGGGUUUUAGAGUAUGUCUCUCCUUACAUGGCAUUUUCUGCGUGCUUUCCCUAUGUUGAGUCGGGACGUUCGAGAUCGGAGCGUAGUGGCAUGACGACUUCAUGGGAACGUCUUACUUAUGUUAAUCACUAUACCACUUGAAAAAGUCAUCCUCAGCACAGUGCGAAAGCUGGCAGAGUUACUAAAUUUGAAGCUAUUAUUUCCAAACAAA